AUGAAGGAAAUCGAUCGUGAAUCGAGUAGUCUAAUACCGGAAGACAUAGACUACAGCAAAUUGCAAGGCUUGAGUAUAGAAUGUUGGGAGAAAUUGGACCGUGCACGUCCUCUCAAUCUGGCUGCUGCUUCCAGGGUUCCGGGUGUUAAGCCGGAAGCGAUCAUUGCUAUUCUUCGUUACUUAAAGCGCUCAAAUACCGUAUCUCAUUCUGUAUAG